AGCUUCUAUCUAUCAAGAUUUUUAUGUUCACUGUCUGUGACCGUUUUAAAACAGAAGAAACACUAACGUACGUCUCUGAUAGCCUAAACUAAAGAAGUCAGAGAUCGCGGAGUGAUACGAGAGACUUAAAAGUAGCACCAUUUACUCGGCUCAAGAUGAUUAUCUGACAGAUAAGGAUUUUCUAUUUGUUCAUAGAGGAAGCCCCGUAAAACGCCUCUGAUCGUUAGACAUAUGCUUUUAAGUCUAUCAAACUAAUAAUAACGAAUAAAUGAAAUUAUUCUCAUAAAGGUGUGUCCAAUCCGCAUCCUCUUCUCCGUUCCCUCACUGCGGCGAUGGAGAGCAACAGGUGCUCACAGGUGAGUUCGUGUUGUUCGUCCUCUGGACACCCUCACCGGGCGGCUCUGAUUCUGGCCCGGGGUGGCAGUAAAGGAAUCCCUUUGAAGAACAUCAAGAAUCUGGCCGGUGUUCCUCUCAUCGGAUGGGUCCUGAGAGCUGCUUUGGAUUCAGGAGUCGCUGACAGCGUGUGGGUUUCCACAGAUCACGAUGAAAUUGAGCGGGUCGCAAAAGUCUGGGGCGCGAAAGUUCAUCGCCGCAGUGCUGAAGUUUCCAAAGAUUCUUCCAGCUCUCUGGAGACUAUCCAGGAGUUCAUCCGACUGAGACCCGAGGUGGACAUCGUCUGUCAUAUUCAGGCUACGUCUCCAUGCCUGCACCCUCAUCACAUCAGAGAAGCCCUGCAGAUGAUCACCGAACAGGGUUGUGACUACGUGUUUUCAGUGGUGCGCAGACACCAGUUUCGGUGGGAGGAGGUGAACGAGAAAGGGAGUAAGAAUCCGACUCCUCUGAACAUCGAUGUGGCGCACAGACCUCGACGCCAAGACUGGUGUGGGGAACUCUAUGAAAAUGGCUCUUUCUAUUUUUAUACGAGAAAAGCCCUGGAAAACGGCCUUGAACAGUUGGACAAGAUCGCUUACUAUGAGAUGCUGCCUGAGCACAGCGUUGAUAUCGACGUGGACAUCGACUGGCCUGUCGCUGAGCAGAGGGUUCUGAGGUUUGGCUACUUCGGCCAAGAGGAGAAAGCGGCGAUCAGGCUGUUUCUGUGUAAUGUGUCUGGCUGUUUGACGAAUUGUCAGAUUUACACAUCGGUUUCAGGAGAGGACCUUGUGGCCAUCAAUGCUCGAGACGUGGCAGGCAUACAGAUGCUUCAGAGAGAAGAUAUAGAGGUGAUCCUCAUAUCCAGCGUGAAUGAGCCACUGUCCAGGGGUCUCCUGGAGAAAGUGGCCCAGCAGGCCAGAUGUGGCCUCAGGAUUGGAGAGCAGCAGAAAGGGCUUGAGGUGGAGCGGCUGAUGAGAGAGAAAAAUCUGCGGUGGGACGAGGUGGCCUUCAUGGGUUCAGAAGCUGAAGAUGUAGAUGUCCUGUCUCAGGUGGGGCUGAAUGGCGUCCCAUGUGACGCACCUGUGGCUGAUCUCAUUGCAGCUAAAUACAUCUGCCAGAGACCCGGUGGCCACGGAGCCAUUCGGGAGUUUGCCGAGUACAUUCUGACGCUGGAGAAAAAGAGCACGUCACAGGUGCACCAGAAUCGCAUUGACAGGGCUCAUUUUUAGAACUUUUCUGUUUUAAACAGUCAGUUUGUUGAACUUUAUCUUUAUUGUCCUUAGAGGCAAUUAUUUUUGUAGACAGCAGUACACAUUCAUGUCCAUACAGCAACACAAUACACAUUGGAUAACACACAUUUAUAAUAAUGUUAUAAUCAUUUAAAAACAUAAUAGCAGCAGGUAUGUGUCCCUGUGAUAACAUGACAUCGGAUCUAAUUUGAUUAAAACACCUGUGCGUGUCUGUUAACAAAAACACAACUGCGUUCCAGUUUAUCUCUUCACUUGAUCUCUCUCUCUGUAUAUUUACAAUUUAUUAAUAUGCAAUACUCAUUUACUUGUUGCACACCAUUUUAUGGUUUGUUUAAUCUUCUUCUGUAUGAAAGGGAGAUGUCUUCAUAUCAGUGUCAUCAAGGACAGUGUUGUGCAUCAGGAGUUUUCCAUUAACUAUACGCGUUACAUUUUUGCCAGUCCGAGGACAUCAGGAAGGACACAGCUAAAAUUAAUCUGUAAUGUUUAAGGUGUGAUUCAGUUUAUGUAUGUGUGCAUGUAUAUCCUACUUUUCAAAAGUUUGGGGUCAUUAAGAUUUGUUUUAAAGAAACUGACAUUUUCCUACCUACUUCAAAUAAAUGGUGUUUUUCAAA